AUCUUUUGAGUAUAGCACCUCAUACUGCACAUGCACUUGCUAAUGCCUACUCGCUUGAAAUGUGGGGCGGAGCAACAUUUGAUGUUGCCAUGCGAUUCUUAUAUGAAGAUCCUUGGGAUCGUUUAGCAAAAUUACGUGAAAUUGUUCCAAAUAUUCCAUUCCAAAUGUUAUUGCGUGGUGCCAAUGCAGUAGGCUACACAUCAUACCCAGACAAUAUAAUUUAUGAAUUUUGUCAAAAGGCAAAAGACUACGGAAUGGAUAUAUUUCGUAUUUUUGAUUCGUUGAAUUACAUUGAGAAUAUGCGACUUGGCAUAGAUGCAGUCAAGAAAGCCGGUGGAGUUAUAGAAGCAGCAAUUUGUUAUACAGGAGAUGUUGCUAACCCCAAUAAAACCAAAUAUGAUUUGAAUUAUUAUCUUGAUUUUACAGAACAGUUGGUCAAUGAAGGAAUACAUAUACUUGCUAUAAAAGAUAUGGCUGGAUUUGUUUUUUUGCCUUUUUGUCCUCAAUUAACAGGCAUGUCUGGAGUUACAUCACAACCAUCAAUGGGAGCUGUAGUGUCAGCACUUGAAAAUACAAACCUUGGUACAGGGAUUAGAUUAGAAGAUGUGCAUGCAUUGAAUGAAUAUUGGGAACAAGCACGUAAACUAUAUAGUUGUUUUGAUGCAGGAGUGUUAUCGGCAGAUUCUUCAGUUUACGAGCAUGAAAUGCCAGGUGGACAAUAUACAAAUUUGAUGUUUCAAGCAUCACAACUCGGACUUGGACAAUUGUGGAAAGAAAUUAAAAUUGCAUAUACAGAAGCUAAUAAAUUAUGUGGUGAUAUAGUCAAGGUCACACCAAGUUCAAAAGUUGUAGGAGAUCUUGCACAGUUUAUGGUUUCUAAUAAAUUAAGAUAUUCUGAUGUUAUUGAAAGUGCAAAAACAUUAUCAUUUCCAGUUUCAGUAGUUGAAUUCUUUCAAGGAUAUCUCGGUCAACCAUAUGGAGGAUUUCCUGAACCACUUCGUAGUGAUAUAAUUCGUGAGAUGCCAAGAAUUGAAAGCAGGCCAGGCGUUUCAUUACCACCAAUGGAUUUAGUUGCAUUGAAAAGCGAAUUGGUUAGAAAAUACGGUAAUUCAAUUCGAGAAGUGGAUGUAUUGUCAGCAGCCAUAUAUCCAAAAGUGUUUUCCGAGUAUCGAGAACAACUUGAAAAAUACGGGAAUAUUUCAGUGAUCCCAACCAGAUAUUUUGUUUGCAAGCCGGAUAUUGGUGAAGAGUUUAGUGUACAUUUGGAGGAAGGUGUAACAUUGAUUAUAAAAUAUUUGGCAGUUGGGCCACUUAGUCAGAGUACCGGGAGACGAGAAGUUUUUUUUGAAUUGAAUGGUGAGGCUAGAGCUGUUGGUAUUGAGGAUACAAGUGCUGCUGUUGAACAUGUUCAAAGAGAAAGGGCAGAUCCUGGUAAUCCCGGAGAAGUAGGAGCACCAAUGUCAGGUGUAGUAAUUGAAAUUAGAGCUAAAGUUGGAGCAGAUAUUAAAAUAGGAGAUCCAAUAAGCGUUUUAUCGGCUAUGAAAAUGGAAACGAUAGUUACAUCGCCUGUUUCUGGUAAAGUUGAAUAUAUUGCAAUUAAAGAAAAUGAUUCAUUGAAUGCAGGCGAUUUAGUUGUUAGAAUUGUAAAGAGUGAAGUAAAUGAAUGA